AUGGAGGAAGUUGACAAAAUCUUGAUACACGCCCUAAAACAAGUUGGCACAGAGCUGAGUGAGGAAGUUGCUAGCAUCAGAGACUUCACCAGUGAGCUAAUAGUGGAGGCAGUGGUGAGAUGUAUCCGGGUAAUCGACCCUGGCUUGGGCAAUGUGCUGCCAACCACCCUCCCGCCUGCUAUGUCGGCUCGUUUCAGAGUGGGCAUGAGUCUGGCACAAGCAUGUCAGGACAUUGGUUACAAAGGUGAGAUAGGUUAUCAAACCUUCUUGUACAGCAGUGAGACCGAGAUCCGCUCCCUGCUAAUGUUCCUUGUGGAGAAACUGCCUCGAGAAAGUGCUGAGGCUUCCGAUCAGCCGACAGGAAAAUCAACCAUUCUUCAGAGGGCUAUUGCUGCUGCUAUUAAAUCCCAGCUGGCCGACCCUUGGCUCCCUCCAAACUGCAGGCUGCCACUGCAUGGUGAAACCCAAAACUUAGCAUUGCACAGCUUCCACGUGCAGCCGCUCAGUUUACCUCACUGUAUUAAAGAUCCAGGGAAGAAAUCACUAAAAGAGGUAAAUGACUACCAGCGAGAUUUUCUUCCUCCUGUGACGGCUCAGCUCCCCCAUAACACCUGUGUGGUGGCGUCAUUACUGGAGCAGCACACAGCUGAGCUCAGUGCGAAGCAGGAAUGGGAGAAUGAGUGGAACAGUCAAGGACUCCUGUCUCGUCUAAGUCCACAGGACUACAAGGCCAGAAAACUGACUCGAUUGCGUAAAAAAAUUGAAGAACAAUUUCGCUCUGUUGCCCUCCCCUCCGCGGAAAGUGCCUUUGGCGGUCAUGGCUCCACCUCAGAAUUGUCUGACGUACUGCAAUCCUUCAGGGGGUCAGCUUCUUCUGACCAUAUACUGACAAAAGGCUCUCACUUCACCCAUUCCCAGAAGUUUACGUUUACACAGGAAACUGAAGCGACGCCAUCUCCUGGGCAGCAGACAGAUGGUGAUGCACAGUUUAGUCAGCAGGCGGAGCUUACUGCAUUGCAGCAACAGUUUCAGCAACUGUGCAGUGAUGUGGACCAACUAACUUCAGAACUGAAGCACCUGAGUGUCACUCACGCUCAGGUACUUGAUGAGUUCAAGCAACGGGAGCGGCAGAACAAUGAGUGGGAGGAAAAGGUCAAGCUGAAGAAGAAAACCUUGGACCUGUUACCAGAUGCUGAGAACAACAUAGUGAAGCUUCAGGCUCUAGUGGAGGCCAGUGCCAAGCGGGUGGUGAAUCUUGCUUCUCAGUGGGAGAAACACCGCGCACCACUUAUCGACGAACACCGAAGACUUAAAGAAAUCUGCAGUAAUCAGGACAUGGAAUCAUCCAAAAAGCUGUCAGAAAUCAAGAUUCUACAUGAUAAAAUCCGGGUGUCAACAGAGGAGGCUAAGAAGAAGGAGGAAAUAUACAAACAGCUGGUAACAGAGUUAGAAAGUCUACCCCAGGAUGUGUCUCGGGCAGCAUACACACAAAGAAUUUUGGAGAUUGUUAGCAACAUCAAGAGACAGAAGGAAGAAAUCACUAAGAUUUUGUCUGACACUAAAGAACUACAAAAAGAGAUUAACAGCCUCACAGGAAAACUGGACAGGACAUUUGCAGUGACAGAUGAGCUUGUCUUUAAGGAUGCGAAAAAAGAUGAGUCCGUCCGCAAGUCCUACAAGUAUCUGGCAGCUCUACAUGAAAAUUGCAAUCAGUUGAUCCAAACCAUUGAAGAUACUGGUACAAUCCUGAGAGAAAUACGAGAUCUAGAGGAGCAGAUUGACACAGAAAAUAGCAACAAAACAGUGGCUAAUCUGGAGAGGAUUCUAGAAGAUUACAAGGCCAUCAGACAAGAGAAUGCGGCACUAGCCGCCAAAUUAAAGCGGGCUGACUCCGAACUUCCUACUGAUGCUCAACCUCGUGCUCAGCUGGAACUCGAGUGGAAAUUGAGAACAGCUUCUCGUGCCAGAAAAGGCAGCUGGAACCAGAAGCUCGGGCUGCCGCACUGUAGAAACUGGAGCUACAGGAGCCACUGGUGUGCCUGA